AUGGCUAUGGGGGAGUCACCCGACACCAUGGACGACUAUAUGAGAAUGUCCGAAAGAACUGCAAGAGAUAGUUUGUAUACAUUGUCAAGGGGUGUAGUUGAAACUUUUGGUGACGUGUAUUUGCGGAAACCUUCGUUGCAUGAUUUGCAAGAAUUGUAUGCGGCGCAUGAAGAACGCCAUGGGUUUUCUGGAAUGAUCGGAAGCACUGAUUGCACACACUGGAAAUGGAAAAAUUGUCUGGUAGCAUGGAAAGGGCAAUACGCAAGUGGUCAUCACGGAUCACCUUCUUUGGUGUUAGAGUCGCCAAUAUUCGACGAUCUUUUGAAUGGAAAAGCCCCGGAUGCUCCUUUCACGGUGAAUGGAAACGAAUACAAAUAUGGGUAUUACCUUACAGAUGGAAUAUAUCCUCAGUAUUCCACAUUCGUGAAGGCAUUCCGCCACCCGGUUGAAGAACGAGACAAAUUUUUUAAGAGAAGAGAAGAAGGAGCACGUAAGGAUGUGGAACGUGCUUUUGGAGUGCUGAAGGCGAAGUGGCAUAUAGUCGAACAUGCAUCACGACCAUUGGAUUUAGAAACUUUACGAUAUAUCAUGUAUGCAUGUAUCAUAAUGCAUAGCAUGGUAGUAGAAGAUAAAGGACAAAAUAUUGCACACUAUAUCCCAACGGAGCCCAGACACGUUCAGUUUCAACCAGGAACAGCAGAUUAUUUGCAUCGCGUUGUUGACAUUCAAGACACAAAUAAACACAGACAACUUCGAGAGGACUUGGCGAGUCAUAUCUUCUAUGGUAACAAUAACGAUAACGAAUAG